GGAAAAAACUAGGCAAGCAUAAAGCGCACUAUCAUACCGAGCAGGCAAACGCGUUUUCGACAGUCAAUAAAUUCUCUCGUUUUCGACAGUCAAUAAGUUCUUGAUUCUACCAAGGAGAUGUCGGGCGGUUGUGGAAAUUCGACAUGUGAUGCAAGUUAUGACAAAUGUUGCUGCUGUAUUCUGUAAACAGGCGCUCAUGGGGUUGGCGCGAAUGAUCAGUGAUUUAAAAGAUGCCAAAGACCAAGUUUUAGAAGGAGGAAUAAUGAAACCCUUGUGCACAAGGACUGAUGCGUUUCUCGUGUUCAAUUACUUGCAGUUAUCACUAUUUGUUCGCGUUGCGAAGCCUAAAACAGAAUUGUUCCCUCAUAUAACGAAGGCAAUUGUAGUCGAGCUGGAGUUAGCAGAUGGUUAUUCUUUUCACAAAGUUUAUGAUCAAAGUUCGUUUAGCUUGAAAUGGAUUGUAUUUGGAUUAGUUCUUAGUUAGGGUUCUCACCUCUAAGAGAUUUCACGGUCGAGUUUUUCUCAACCUAAGACACUUUUGGAACGUAUGAUUUCUGGUGCUGUUUAUUUGACCUACGUUCGAUGACAAAGCAUUGUAACUCAUCAUACCGCUUGCGGAGAGGAGAAAGCAGAAGAACUGAUGUAAAAGAUCUGACAGAGAUAGAGUCAAUAAACAUUCCAGCAAAAGUA